GGUGGUCUGCAUGCUGGAGAAAAGGAGCUUGUCAGAUCUUCAGUGAGGACUGAUUAUGGAGCAAUUCUGAGAUCACUGUCUGAGCCAGAGCCCCCUGCAAGCUUCUACCUGUCCUCCCUAGCAUGAAAUAGCACCUUGACUAAAUUGCCUGCAGUAACAAGCUGAACAAUGUGAAGUCAAACCUCAAAUACCAAACUGUGGAACACUGUAUUCUUGAAGCUGGUUAUAUAAAGAGUGCAUGUCCAGGAAAUGCAUGCAGCAGUAAUGUCUCUUGUGAACCUGGACUCAAGUUUUUGGGGGUUUUUUCCCCUCCAGUGUAAUUCUGAUGUACAAAACAUGGUGGACUGAAGAACAAACAUACUGGGAUAUGACUUACUGAGACUGUUGCCUGGUUGCUGUCUGCCUUUUCCCAAGAGGCAAAAGGUGUACAGUAGGAGCUACACAGCUCACAGCUCUGCCCACAUUCAUCGCCUUAAUUUUAGUGAGAGUCAUGGAAUGCUGACAGUACAGCAAAGGCUGUUAUUUCAGAACAGCAGCACUCUCUGAAAUAUUACUUCAUAUUAAACAGAUUUGUCAUGGUGGCUAAAGUAGUCAGAAAUACAAUAAACAUCUAAGAUUGUAAUUAGACACAAAAGGCACUCUGUUUCAAGGCAUUCAGGAGGUACAAGAGGUCACUGCCGUGUUCAAGGAUCAGGCUGCUUUACUGAAAGCCUGCUCAUGUAAAGAUUUAGAGUAUUAGGUUGAGAAUCUUGGUUUACAUACCAAGGGGUCAGUGAAAGUAGAAUGGACUCUUAGGUGCUUUGGAGCUUCUUUGGGAAAAUAAAUUUUCAGCAAAAAGUUACGGUAAGAUUUGUAAAAGUCUCCUUGUAAUCAUAAUAUCCUGAAUGUUACACUUACAAGUUGUGCUAAUCUGUAGAACUCCUGAGAGAUGGGUUUGUUAGGUGAGAAAUUCUAGGUGGUAGUUGUUUAGUCUGAAGUUUGGAGGAAUGCGGUUUUAAAAUUCUGCUUCCCCCUCCCAUGCAAUACCUGAUUUGUCAUUUUCUAGCUGUUUAUUUUGGCCAGCUCGCUCGGUGGUGGUUUUUUGCUUUACUAAAUUCUGUGAAAUUCUUUCAAGAUCCCUAUUAGACAUCCCUUUGUUUUACUUCCCCGAGGGCAGGUAAAACAUCAGAGCCAGCUCGCUGUUUAACUAAUAUCUCACAGGUAGGGAGGGAGAAAAAAAACCAGGAGAGGGAGAGUGCGUCACAUUGGAGGAGGGGAGGAAAGAAAAAUGAGCUUUCUUAAACAAAUCAUGUGCAGAGGGACAGGCUGCCAGGGCUCAAGCGAUUCUCGGCGAGGGCUCUGCUCUGUUCCCUGCCGGCCACGAUGGAGGAAGAAGCUGGAGUGCUGAAGGAGGGCUUCCUGGUCAAACGGGGACAUGUUGUUCGGAACUGGAAAGUGAGAUGGUUCGUUCUGCUCCAGGAUAAGCUGCUGUAUUACAAAAUUGAAGGAGGCAAGAAGGAGCCUACUCCAAAGGGCAGGAUCCUUCUGGAUGGCUGCACUAUUACUUGUCCAUGCCUGGAAUAUGAGAACAGACCGCUACUCAUCAAAUUAAAGACAAAAACCAAUACAGACUAUUUCCUUGAAUGUUGCUCCAGGGAGGAACGUGACUCCUGGGCUCUGGACAUCACUGGAGCUAUUCAUGCUGGUCAUCCAGUACAGGUACAAGAACUUCACAGAAUGAAGAACUCUUUCAAACUGCUAGAAAAUAUCAGCCUCCACAAUAUAGUGGAGAGAAUGUAUGACAGCAGCACUGGAAUUAAGCUGACCCGCAAUUUGGAUCAAGGCAACAGAUACAAAGAGACCUUCACAGGUUCUGCCCUGGUGGACUGGCUCAUCUCCAACAGCUUUGCUGUGUCACGAUUCGAGGCCGUCACCUUGGCAUCCAUGCUGAUGGAUGAGAACUUCCUCAGGCCCGUGGGAGUCCGCAGCACUGAGGCCACACGCUCCAGUGACCCCUCUGAGAAGUUCCUCGAUGACUCCACCGCUCUGUACAUGUUUGCUGAGAGCAGUAAGAAAAAUACUAGUUCCAAGGAAGAGGUCCAUUUUAACAUCUCUGAAUUAAGUGGCACAAUUGUGAAGCAAGGAUUCUUAGUGAAACAGGGGCACAAGAGGAAAAACUGGAAGGUGAGAAAAUUUGUUUUGAGAGCUGAUCCUGCUUUUUUGCACUACUAUGAUCCCACCAAGGAAGACAACAAGCCAGUAGGUGGAUUCUCUCUUCGUGGCUGUCUUGUCUCAGCUCUGGAGGACAAUGGAGUCCCAGCAGGAGUGAAGGGCAAUGUGCAAGGCAACCUUUUCAAAAUCAUCACCAAAAAUGACAUUCAUUAUUACAUCCAGGCCAGCUCCAAGGCAGAGCGAGUGCAGUGGAUUGAAGCAAUCAAGCCGCUGACAUGAGCAAUGUGGACUCCGUGCCAAGUGACAAACCACAUUUAUGACCAACUUCCUGCUCAUGUUGUCCGGGAGUGUUGUUUUUCUCUUGAUAGUCAAUGUUCAUUAUUUGAAUCACCAUAACACCUACCAGGUCCUAGGAGACCUGCAGACCAAA